AUGAGAAUCUUCCACUAUGGCUCCCCGACAGAAUAUACUAUGCAUGGUGUUGCCGUGGCGUGUGCACUCGCCUCUGGAGUUGGCAUGGCUCUCGUCAACCUGGUAUUUGGAAAGUUCAUCACACUGAUCGUGGACUACAUUACGGGCCACUCAACUCCCUCAGGAUUUCGUGAUGGGGCUGCUAGGCUCAGUCUUUACUUCUUUAUCAUCGGUUUAGGGCGAUUCUUCCUUACCUACGGAUACAGCACUCUGCUCACUCUGGCAGCCUAUCGAAUGACACGAAAUAUCCGUCGAGUAUACCUCAAAGCAGCACUGAGCCAAGAAGUUGCCUUCUACGAUGCCGGGACUAGCGGAUCGAUCGCCAUGCAGGCCACCUCCAAUGGCAAGCUCAUACAAUCAGGUGUCUCCGAAAAGUUGGGACUGGUCAUCCAGGGACUUUCUGCCUUCAUAUCGGCGUUUGUCUUGGCAUUUGUCACGCAAUGGAAGCUGACUCUGAUAACAUGUUGUAUUGCCCCGGCCAUGCUACUGGUGAUAGGCAUUGUCUCCACCAUCGAGGCUGGGAUUGAAACACAAAUCCUGGCCAUCCAGGCCCAAGCGGGCUCGUUCGCGGAAAGCAUCCUGUCUAGUUCGCGGACUGUCCAUGCAUUUGGAAUCAGAUCGCGACUGAUCAACGAUUUCGACAAAUUCUUGACGGCCUCGAAAAAGUUAGGAGACAAGAAGGGACCCCUGUGGGGUAUCUUGUUCUCCGCAGAAUAUGCCAUCAUCUAUUCUGGAUUUGGACUGGCUUUCUGGCAGGGCAUUCGCAUGCUUGCCAGAGGAGAGGUAGCAGACUCUGGGGAUAUCUUCAUUGUGAUCAUGUCCGUCAUCGUGGCAGCUACAAGUUUGACCUCCAUCGCCCCUCACAUGAUUGAAUUCACGCGCGCAGCCUCCGCGGCAUCGGAACUCUUUCGCCUGGUUGACCGAACAUCUGCCAUCAACCCCUUCGACGAGUCGGGCAAAAAGCCGGAUCAAGUUGAGGGCUUCAUUGAAUUUGAGCAUGUUUCAUUUUCUUACCCAACACGCCCAAAUACCCAAGUUCUGUCCGAUUUCUCAUUGCGAAUUCCCGCUGGCAAAACGACUGCGCUGGUCGGAGCCAGUGGCUCUGGAAAGAGUACGGUGGUCGGCCUGCUGGAAAGAUGGUACAACAUCGCUUCGGGAUCGGUGAAGCUCGAUGAUCAGCCCGUCGACAUGUAUAACCUCAAGUGGCUGCGCCAACAAAUCAGGCUUGUUCAACAGGAGCCCAUUCUAUUCAAUGGAACGAUUGCCGAGAAUAUCGCAAAUGGUCUUGUGGACACACCCUGGGAGCACGAGCCAGAGGCCGAAAAGACGGCCCGAAUUCAAGAAGCCGCCAGAGUCGCCUUUGCGCAUGAUUUCAUCACCGAGCUUCCCAAUGGAUAUGACACUGUCAUUGGUGAACGAGGAGGCCUUCUUUCAGGUGGCCAAAAGCAACGAGUCGCGAUUGCUCGAAGUAUCAUCUCCCAGCCACGAAUUCUUCUACUCGACGAAGCAACCAGUGCUUUGGAUCCACAUUCCGAGGAAGUAGUCCAGAAAGCCCUCAACAACGUUUCGCAAGGACGCACGACAAUAACAAUUGCUCACAAGCUUGCCACCAUUCGCGAUGCCGACAACAUUGUGGUCAUGGAACGUGGUCGCAUUCUUGAGCAAGGUACCCACAAUUCACUAUUGGAAGCCAAUGGUGCAUAUUCACGACUUGUGCGAGCCCAAGAUCUAUCGGUGAAUGAGAAUGGAUCAGAUGAUGCUGAAGACAGUGAUAACAUAGAGGAUAUGAAUAAGGCUGAGCUUACUACCGAGUUGACUCGAUCAUCAACAUUGACACGGUCAGGUUUGGAGAAACAAUUAAGUCGCGAUGAUUAUGACCAGUGGAAGAGACUGGGCCUUUUCCAUGUCGUGUGGCGGUUGGUUAAAUCCAACCCGGAAAUCAAACUGGCCUUUGGAAUUCUGGCAUUGGCAUGUCUAGCUGCUGCUGCCGCAUUCCCUGGGCAAUCUAUUUUGAUGUCCAAAUUUAUUGAAGUAUUUAAACUCACUGGAUCGGCAAUGCAGAAGCGAGGCAACUUCUUCGCUCUCAUGUUCUUUGUCAUAGGACUUGGAGCAUUCGUUGUCUACUUUGUUAUUGGGUGGACAGCAGGCAUUGUGGCGCAUACAAUGAACCACAAAUACCGGAGACAGAUCGUGGACGACAUGCUCCGACAGGACCUGCGGUUUUUCGACCGAGCCGAAAACACUACAGGUGCCCUUGUCAGCCGUGCAGACUCUAACCCGCAAGCUGUACUUGAGCUGAUGGGCUUCAAUGUUGCCUUGAUCACCAUUGCCGGAGUUGGUGUUUUAUCUUGCGCUAUCCUGGCGAUUGUCUAUGCCUGGAAACUUGGGCUGGUGAUCGUUCUAGGGGGACUUCCGCCUAUGCUAAUAUCCGGCUAUAUCCGCCUCCGGAUGGAAGCUGCAAUGGAUGCUAAGAUCUCAAAGCGAUUCUCGACAAGUGCCUCUAUUGCCUCAGAAGCCAUGAAUGCUAUCCGAACUGUAUCGUCAUUGGCAAUCGAGUCAUCAGUUCUGGACCGUUAUACCCGAGAGGUCGAUCAUGCAAUCGCCGCGUCCACAAAACCGCUGCUUCUAAUCAUGGUACCUUUUGCUUUCACUCAGACUGUUGAAUACUCGUUCUUGGCCCUUGGCUUCUGGUACGGUUGCAGACUUGUUUCAUUCGGUGACAUUACAAUGGUCAACUUCUUCAUUUCAUUCCUUAGCGUUUUCUUUGCGGGUCAACAAGCUUCAAUCUUGUUUAGUUUCUCAAGCAGUAUGUCAAAAGCGACAAAUGCGGCAAACUAUAUCUUCUGGCUGGAGCAACUCGAGCCCACCAUCAGAGAGACAGAAGAGAACCGCGAGAUUGGACCGGGAGACUUCAAGUCCCUUGAGUUGGACAAUUUGCAAUUUUCCUAUCCAAUGAGACCAAAUGCCCGAGUCCUUCGAGGAAUCAACCUUCAUAUCAAAGAGGGACAAUUUGCCGCAUUCGUCGGGGCAUCUGGAUGUGGAAAGAGUACCAUGAUCAGCAUGCUAGAGCGCUUUUACGAUCCAAUUGCUGGACACAUCAAGGUUGACUCUAGAAAUCUGGAAACACUGAACCCUCGGCUUUAUCGCAGUCAAGUUGCGCUGGUGCAACAAGAGCCUACUUUGUAUCCUGGGACUAUCCGGGAGAACGUGUCCAUGGGAGCACCGAUAGAAAACACAUCCAUGGCCUCUGACGAUGAGAUCGAGGCUGCUUGCCGAGCCGCUAAUGCUUGGGAUUUCAUCUCUUCCCUGCCAGAUGGUCUUGCAACCCCAUGUGGAGCCAACGGCACGCAGCUUUCCGGAGGACAGCGCCAGCGCCUCGCUAUAUCUCGAGCACUUCUACGAAACCCGAAGUUGCUGCUUCUGGAUGAAGCAACCAGUGCGUUGGAUACGCAGUCGGAGCGGAUUGUGCAAGACGCGUUGAAUGAGGCUGCUGCACAAGGUGAUCGCAUCACGGUUGCGGUGGCACAUAGACUUUCUACCAUCAGACAUGCAGAUGUUAUCUGUGUAUUUGAUGGGGGCAAGAUUGUCGAGUCUGGCACACACGAGGAGUUGCUGAGAAAUGGUCGACUGUAUCCCAAGAUGUGCGAGGCUCAAAAUCUUGGGACCUAA